UGCUUUCUCUGCCCGGCAGAGGGCCCACCGAUUGGUCUGUCUUGCUUGUUCUUCUCUAGUCCAUCUUGAGUUGCGUCGAGUAAGCAAGGGGCGGACCUGCAACGGAGAAGCGUGCGGUCAGGGCAUAGUUAUUGGACACCAUGCAAACUCCGAACGAACGCCCUACUCAGCUUGACAGGGCUACUACAGCCGAGAUCCUUGCCAGUGAUUGGGAAGAUCUCUCAGAUUCCGAGAGCACUCCCGAGCAGGCCCGUUCCAGUAAUGCAAGCAUAGGAAGUAAUACACCGAGAAAGCGUCGGAGAGGCGCCAAACAUGCAGCCGGCGCAACCACUACUAGGCCCCCCAAGAGCCCUGCUGCGAAACCGAAGCGCCAGAGAGCUCCUAUCAUAGAUAAAGAGGAACUGGAGGAUGCUAUUGCAGCUGGUGCUCGGUUCUCCGUGCAGUAUGUUCUCGACGUGGUCAGUGUCGCCAUCAAAUACAUGCGCUGGCCGUUGUCCAUUUUUCUGUGUCUGUGGAUGUUGGCGCUCUUGAUCUCUCGCAUGACCAACGUGUUUCGAACUGCUCUGUACCCACUUUGCUUUAUCCCUGGGAUGUCGAGGACUGCACUGUGCGUUCCAGUGCCGUUGACCCCUCCUCAACAUCCCGACUUCCCGGGCUUAGUGAAGGCCCAAGGAUCCAUGUUUGACCAGUUGGUAGGGGAGUCCGUCGGCGGUUCGGCUCUGUCCAUCGAAGUACUCAAGGCUGAGAUGGCAACCAGAGAUCUUUCAACGCUUGUCCGAUACAGCGACCUCAAGUCGAGAGAGAGCGUCGCCGAUUUACUAUCGACUAUUUCUAUCGACGCUAAAAGAACUGCACGGGGACUGACGAAACUGAAUGCCAAGGUGGCCGGCGCAGUCGAUGAGGUGAUGGCACUGAAUAGUUACGCGAUGGCCACCAUCGAGGAAGCGCAUGAAAAGGCGCCUUCGCCGAUACUCCAAGCUAUAAUUCCGAUCAAGAUAGGACCAACGGCUGAUGAAAUCAUACAAGAAGUGUCCGGACAAAAUCUGGACCAAAUGGAGGUGGACAUUGCCUCGCUCCACGACAUGAUCACUCGCGAAGAUAAACAUAUGAGUACUGAAAAGGAUCGCGUUCUUGGCGAGCUUUGGUCGAGGCUUGGUGGAAAUAAACAAAAACUACGGGAGUACGACGACAGGCUGGCACUGCUCAACGACUUGGCUGUUUACCGGAAGCAAGCGAGGGCCCACGUCAUGGCGGCAUUGCAGACGUUGCAUGCGAUGAGCGAUGAUCUUGAGGACUUGCGGGAACGCGUGGCUGCUCCUGGUAUCAUUGGUGGGAAACUGCCCGUCCGAGUUCACAUCGAGAGUAUCAAAAAUGGGUUGGAGAGGUUGAAGGAAGGCAGGACGCGUGCUCGAGAAGUUGGAAAUGAGACUUCGAAACGGUUGUUGGGUUCCGACUGACUCCAUAGCCUUCUCGCAUGCACGAGGUGAGGAAGGAGAAAAAGGGAAGAAGGGGCUACACGCGUUGGCCAGACUCGUCAUUGACAUGUGGACUGUGAUCUGAUUUUUGGUUUUGGGUGGUUAUCAUCGGCGAUAAGGGACGUGCUGCGAAUGGCUCCGAGUCAUCGCUUGCUUCGCGUAGACAAUAACAAUCACGAGCAAUGAGCUCCUUGCGCCAUCCUCCAGACGUCUACGUAGCAUCCUUAUAUGAUGAUCUAGGUACAAUGCCAACCUGUAUGUGUCUCGGCAAACAAGGCUGACUGCGAGUCCACCGUGGUGGAAGAAGAAUACGGGAUAUAGCCAUGUGGACGAUGGCAGUCUAUACCUCAGCGAGAAUUGAAUGCAACCAGUGUUUAUG